AAAAGGAAAGUGUAGCCAAUACUGCAAAUAGGUGUGGCGUUGGGAAGCAAAUAAAAAUCUUCUGUUUGACCACAAAGCACACUGCACCGAUGGCGAUGGAAACGGCAGCUCCUGCGACUCAAAAGAGAGAAAAGGAUAUAAAGUGAAAACGAAACUGAAAAAGAUCAAAAAAUAUCUGAUUGAAAGGAGAGGAAGGUGAGAGCAGAACAUAAUGGCUCAGAAUCCAAAGCCUGGAGACCAGAUUGAGAUUUAUCGAAUUGGUUACCAACACUGGGCUAUCUACAUAGGCAAUGGAUAUGUGGUCCACCUGACUUCUGCAGAUGGGGGUACAGGAAGCUUUUCCACUAUUCCUCUGUCUGCCGACACAAAAAAGGCAGUGGUGAAGAAAGAAGAGCUUUCGAAAGUGGUGGGAAAAGACUACUGGAAGGUCAACAACGAGAAGGACAGAAAAUAUAAAGUCAGGCCUGUAAAUGAAAUAAUUAGCACUGCAAAUGAACGUGUUGGAAUGGAGAUAGACUACAAUGUGGUCACGAUGAACUGCGAACAUUUUGCCACCUCACUACGAUAUGGCCAACCUGAUAGUAGACAGGCAGAAGCAAACCUCUGGGGGACACUUGCUGCUACUGCAGGAGCUGUGGUCUUGGGUGCGAUGUGUGCAACAGCUGUGAAAAUUGUUAAACACCAUUAGUCAGUGUUCAAUAUAGGAUGAGACAUGUGAACAAUCUAAAAUACUGUUGGGGGGCAAUCCUACGUUGGAUUCUAACAAGAUCCCAUUAUUGAAUAAAAACAAAAACAUCAAAUCAAUCAAGAUUCAGGUUUUCUCUCUUUAUCCAUUGGUGUGAAUUUUGGUGCAUUGUUUUGUAAAGGGCUGAUGAGUUAAGAAUUUGAAUGUGAAUUGAAUCAAAUUUCUCCCUGCUGCCUCUAGAUGUGGUAGAGGACAUUGACCAAUGCUGAAGUAAGGUUCAGUUGCCAGUCUGGUCAGCUGCUGUACAUGGAGUGGAGGAUGCCACCAUCUUGUUUCAGGCCACCCUUGACACGUACAACAUUUAGCUGCAGGCCUUGGUUGUUAAAAAUCAAUACAGUAUGUGCCUUUAUAAAGAAUCCCACAACAGUGUAGCUUGUGAAUUCAUUGGUACAGUCAUACCCUGGUUUUCAAAUUUAAUCCAUUCCGGGAGUCCAUUCCAAGGUGCAGCUUCCGAUUGGCUGCAGGAGCUUCCUGCACGCAAUUGGAAGCCGCGGGAGCCACGUCGUAUAUUCAGUUUCCUAAAAACGUUCACAAACUGGAAUCCUCACUUCUGGGUUUACGGUGUUCGGCAGCCAGAACGUUCGACUUGCAAGGUGUUUGCCAACCAAGGUAUGACUGUAUUCACGGUUUCAUAGCCCCCUUCAAGGGAGGAGAGAAAAGAAUCUGAUUUACUUGUGUGUUUCGCUGAAAUCUCUGCCCUCCAUUCAAACUCCCUCUUCCUUCACCCCAACCUCCCAUUUCCCUCUGGUCACAGUUCAUUGCUACUGCACUCCUGAAGUAAAAUGCCUUGUGGCAUGAGUCUGAAAUGUAAUCACAGACCUUUCCACUUUCAAUCUAAAGUUCUCCCUACGGAGUUAAUGCAAAAGCCAGCUUCAAAUGUUUCGGAGAAAAGUCAGGUGGCCCUUUCGCUGUUCUUACCCUCAUGACUGCCCACUGUGAUGUCUAAAAAUUGUGUGACGAUUUAAAACUGCUCAGUGUACACUAGGUUCCUUUAACUCCGUUUCAUGCAGAAGUAUUUAACCGUGAUCUUUUGACUAAUCACAUUUAGGCUUUACAAGUAAUUGAGGUGUUCAGAAUUGUUUCAUUUUUAACAUCCAGGGGAUUCAGGCAUCUGGAUUGGACAAGUGCUAUUUUUCUACAAAAAGAGAUGCCAGAACUCACUAUGAACUCCCUUGUUCUCUUAUAAUGGCAAUGGUGUCCACCUGCGAGGGGCCAGAACUGAGUUCUGGUGAGUUCCGGCUGAAGAAAAAAGCCCUGGAUAUUAACCAGUUAUACUGGGGUGCGGGGGUUGAACUGAGACAAUAUUUUAGUUGUUACAGGGACACAUCAUUCAAAUUCUGUACACAUUUCAUGGCAUAAGCUCCAUAUCAAAUUAAAAUGCUACAGAUGGGAUAUUGGGGGAGCAAAAAAAAAAAAAAGGUUCAAGCGUUUUGUCACAAAGCUAAGUUAGGUGACUUGUAAAGUAUGUCACGCAGCAACCAAGGCUUGACACAAACCACAUUUUACUGUGUUAACUCGGCAGAUGUACUGGUAGGUCUGACAUGGAGAACCUAUUACAAGAACAUUCACAAGAGGAUUUUUGGGAAGUGCUUGUUCUAAAACAGGACAUUAAAUUCCACUUCUUUAACCACUUUUAGACUUUUUUUAAAAAAAUAUAAGGCUGCAAUUUAGUUAAAUAAAUAAAUCAUAUUAUUAGUAUGAAGAGUAGUAGCAAAUAUUUCAUAUCUACAGUAUCUAUCUAUCUAUAAUUUUUAUUAAAUUUUCUGUUUUACAAUUUUGAAUACUCACUUAAACAUCCUUAAAAUAUCAAUGACUUCCCUUCUCUUUCCAUGGUUCAUUUUGCAUACCAUAAAUCCCUGCAUAUUUUACAUAAACUAAACCAUUCAGUAUUCCAUUAUUACAUCAAUCAAAACUUAUUUACACUGUUGAAUUUAUUUACACUGUUAAACUUAUUUACACUGUUGAAUGCUGUCAACAUUUUCAGCUGUACACAAUUAUUUCUCAUAUACAGUGGUACCUCGGUUUAUGAACACAAUUGGUUCUGGAAGUCUGUUCAUAAACUGAAGCGAACUUUCCCAUUGAAAGUAAUGGAAAGUGGAUUAAUCUGUUCCAGACGGUCCACGGAGUACUUAAACUGAAGCAUUCAUAAACUGAAGCGAACUUUCUCAUUGAAAGUAAUGGAAAGUGGAUUAAUUUGUUCCAGACGGGUCCACGGAGUACGCAACCUGAAGCGUACUUAACCCGAAGCAUGGGUGUAAUUGGUUCCGGAAGUCUGUUCAUAAACUGAAGCGUUCAUAAACUGAACCGAACUUUCCCAUUUAAAGUAAUGGAAAGUGAAUUAAUCCGUUCCAGAUGGGUCUGCGGUGUUUGUAAACCGAAAAUUCAUAAACCAAGGUGUUCAUAAACCAAGGUUCCACUGUAUUCAAUAAACAUUGUCCGAUCUUCUCUAAAAAUGUGUUCUUCUUGUUCUCUUCUAUAUUGUUAAGUCCGCAAGCAAGUUGCCAUUCUUCUUUAGUUGGGACCUCGCUCGUUUUCCAUUUUGGGGUUAGUAGCAAACAUUUCCAUCCUGCUCUUAAAUGCCAAACAAUUAUAUAUACGCACAGUAACAUUAAAACAACACAGAAAUCUUACCAUAGGCUUACACAGUCUCCUUUUAAUAUAAAUGCGCCAGGCCUCACUAUAGCAGCCCUUCUCACCACCAGAAGAAGCUUGGACAAAGAGGUAAGUCUUCAGGUGGCACAGAAAAUCAAGCAAUGUAAGCGCCAAUUAAGCUUCAAGGGGGGGGGGCAGCAUCUCACAACCAGGGCAGCUACCACCAAGAAGGCCCUGUCUCAGAUUACUGAACUGCAUACUUCAUCUGGAGGCGGAAGAACAAGAUGAGCCUCAUUGAUGGAUCUUAAAGCCAAGGUAGGAUAGGUUAUGGGCUAAAUCAUGGGCAGGCAAACUAAGGCCCGGGGGCCAGAUCCGGCCCAAUCGCCUUCUAAAUCCAGCCCGUGGACAGUGCAGGAAUCAGCAUGUUUUUACAUGAGUAGA